AUGGAUUCACGGUUCUUCGAUCGUCAAUUUAAGGACCUUCGAUAUUCACCCUAUAAUCUAAUAUCGAUUGAUGCACAUGAUCACGGAGAAACAACAGGUCGCGACGAAGAGUUUACCUUCUGGGACACUGCCUCAGAUUCACUACAACUUCUCACUAAACUUGGUCUUGAUCAAUUCUAUGUACUCGGAACUACGCAAGAAGGUUAUGAUCCAGCACUCAAUUGUCUUUUUAACCGCGAUGCAACCGAUGAUAAACUUGAUGAAAUCAACAUUCCAGCAUUGGUUCUGCACGGAGCGGAUGAUCGUAUGUUCCCAGCACAAGAUGCAAAAGAAUGGAGUUCAAAACUACCUAAACUAUGGAAAUUUGAGAUUGUAGAAAGAGGUGUUCACCAGCUUUCACUAACAGAACCUGGUGAUGAAGUUGUUGCUCAGUUAAUUCCACAAUUCAUAAAAGAAACAUUGUAG